AUGGGGCUCUCUAAACUAUCAGAUUUAUUCAUGAAUACUCGACCACGCAGGCGCCAGAAUAACAAGAGUGUAAGCAUUCACUGUGCUAGGUGGUUUGAUACUGAAUGCAAUAACGCUAAGUUAGAUUUACAAAGAAAACUACGACAAUUUCGUACUAGCAAAAAAGAAUACAGCGAUAUGCUUAUAAAAAAGAAAAAGGUCUAUCAAAAUAAUCAAAUACCCGAGUUAGAAAAAGCCGCUCGUGACAGUGAUAGCAAAAAGUUUUGGGGAUUCUUCCGAAAUGCAGACGAGCCCACACCACCCUCAAUUAGGCCAACUGAAUGGUUUAAUUAUUUCAAUUCUUUAUUUAAUCCAGUUAUUAAUGUGGAAAAAACACUGAGCACGACAAUUUGUGGAGCAGUAUUGAAUCUGCUGUCCAGGAUGGUUUCAGACCUGAUAGCAGCCCGUCACGUGCUGGCAAUCUGGUUUUUCUUUGGAAUGCUGAAUGCAUACACGAUGCGAAAUAAUCUCAGUGUUGCCAUCGUUGCCAUGGUGAAUAGUACUGGGCAUGACAGCGAUGCACAGGAUAGUGCAGACGAAUGUGGUAUAAAUGCAACCGUCACUGAGGAGGAAGAGACGGGAGAUUUCAACUGGAGUAGUUACCAAGAAGGAAUUCUGCUUGGAGCUUUCUACUAUGGUUACACGAUUACACAGAUUCCGGGAGGAUGGCUUGAAAGAAAAUUCGGAGCAAUGCGUGUGUAUGGUGGCAGCAUUUUAUUCUGUGCCAUAUUAACAAUGCUCACACCGGCUGCAGCUUGGCUUGGUUUUGGAGCCAUUUUCACUUGUCGGUUUCUCUUAGGAUUUUGCCAGGGUCCAGUUUUCCCAUCAUCGUAUGGAAUGUGGGGUAAAUGGGCGCCACCUCUAGAGAGAAGCAGACUGAUAUCUUUCAGCAAUUCUGGUGCAAACUGGGGAAGCAUCGCUGCUAUGUCAUUGUCAGGUGUGCUGUCUGUCACACUAGGUUGGGAAUCUUGUUUUUACGUAUUUGGCAUAAUAUCGCUAUGCUGGUGUGUUUUUUGGUUUCUCCUAAUAUGGGAUAUUCCAGAUUCUCAUCCUAGGAUCUCUGAAGAAGAAAGAAGUUAUAUUGUAAACUCCAUUACUACCAACGUGAAGAAAUCGGGUUGGCGAGUUCCUUGGCUCUCCAUAUUCAAAUCACCACAGGUGUGGGGCCUCACAAUUGGUCACUUUUGCAGCAACUGGGGUAGCUAUACUCUACUGACAAGUCUUCCGCAAUACAUGGAUCAAAUACUUGGCUUCAACCUGGGAGCGAACGGUUUCAUGUCUUCUUUAUCAUCACUUGGUCUUUGGACGUUUACAAUAUUUUACGGUUGGUUAGCGGACUAUACCAGACAGAGAUACAUUAUGUCAACAAUCCAAGUGAGAAGAGUACUGACGUCAUUGGGUAUGUUCUUACCGGCUGUUUUCUUGAUGAUGGGUGGACAGAUCGGCUGUAAUCGUGGGCUGGCAGUUUUGUUCAUCACAAUAUCUUCUGCUUUCAGUGGAUGUGGCACACCUGGUUUUAAAGUUAACCACGUUGAGAUUGCACCCAAAUUUGGUGGUAUUUUAUUCGGCAUUACGAACACAGCUGGUAGUAUUGCUGGAUCGCUCUCACCUUUGGUUGUUGGCGCAGCAACAGCGGAGGAGAAUACGCGUGAACAAUGGCAGAAGAUUUUCGCGUUAUCAGCGUUGAUUUACGUCAUUGGUGGAAUUGCUGUUCUGCUAACUUUGAAAGUGGAUGAACGGGAAUGGGCCAAAGACAAGGAAGCUAGACAAAGGGACAAGACACAGCAGACAGAUAUGGUGGUAUUUGACAAUGUGGGAAUUGAGAAGACUGAUAGUGGAAGUGAGGAUGACAUAUAUAAACAUCAAAAGCACGAAUAA